AUGCUGAGCAAAUCGACAAUCCUCCUUGUCUUCGUCGCCUUGCUUCUCGCCGUUGAUGCUCAAUUUAUGCCAGGAAUGAUGGGCAUGGGAAUGAACCCGAUGAUGGGUGGGAUGGGAAUGGGCGGUAUGGGCAUGGGACCGUGGGGAUGGAGACGUCGUAUGAUGAUGCAACGCCGCAUGAUGAUGAUGAACGGAAUGGGAGGCAUGGGCGGAAUGGGGAUGGGUGGCAUGGGAAUGCCAAUGGGUGGAAUGUGGGGA